ACACCUGGCUCUGACCAUCUCAACUCAAAGACACCUCGCACGAACUUUCCAGAUACCAUCAUCACGCGGAAUAACUGAAAGCCAAAACCGCCCUCACACGCGCCCCUCCAGUCAUCUCCAUCUCUCCCACCACCACACCACAACACACCACACCACACCUUACCUUCCGUUUUCAUUCUUUCUUAUGAUUAUUGACCUUGCCUUCAUUGGAGUUAGGACCCCACAUCCACACACUCCCUGAGCGUGAUGUUACUCGCUCAAUCUUAACUUAAAUCUUUUUUAUAAACUCAUAAGAUCUCACAUUUAUGUAUUAUUUUUAUUAGUGUUUUUGUAAACAAAUCUCGCAUUUAAUUCAUUCGCUAAACCCACCCCCCCUCCCUAAAUCCUUAGGCCUUGGGAAGGAUUUAAUUAGGAGGUGAGGUGAGAAAGUUAAAAACCUUCUUCUUCUUCUUAUUUUUCUUUUCAAUCUCUUUUUCUGUGAAACCUGUAGAAGCCUGAAACCUGAAACCCUAAGCAUGGCUGAUUCGUCGGUCGUUGUUGACCAGUUGCCGUCUUCAAUUCCUAACCCUAAGAAUUCCUCGGCAGACUUCGACUCCCUCCCCAUCCCACCCUUCGAUCCCCAGUUUUUGGCUUCCGACUCUACUUUGAUUUCGGAUCAAGACUUUGCCCUCGAUUGCGAUGGCGAUUUCAAUUUCUGGGACAAUUGCGAUUUCGGUACUACUUUCGACGUCGACAAUCCCAACCUUCACUACUUACCCUCCGAGAACGAGGCUUUUAUAAUCCCCGACGCCAUCUAUGAUCCCGCUUCCUCGAACGGUGCUGCUGUGCUUUCCAUUUCGGCGUCUCCAGAAUCGGCUAGCUCUACUGUCUUCGGCGACAAGUAUUCCCAUGUGGCCGAUGAGUUCCUGAAUUAUCCCACUUCGGAGAAUUCUCAGAAUUCCGCUGAUCCGCACCACUCCAACAUUUCUACUACUAGUAAUAUACCAUCGCCAUCGCUUGUAUCGUCUCAAGGUUCGGGCGUUUCGCAAGGGUUGAAUUCGCCUGAUCGGGAUAUUUCAUCCGAGGUUAAGUUGGAGGAAGAGAUAGGAAAAAGCUACGGCAUGUCCAAGAGAAAGAAAGAAGAAGCCCCUGCAGCCGCAGCAGAUUAUGAAGACGGGAACGCGGUGGAAUCAAGAACGACCAAGUAUAGGAGGUCGUCGGCCCCUGCAGACAAUGCGAAUUCGCACCUGAGUUUAAACGAGGAGGAUGAAAAAAGAAAGGCCCGGCUGAUGAGGAAUCGCGAAAGUGCGCAGCUUUCUAGGCAGAGGAAGAAGCAUUACGUGGAAGAGCUGGAAGAUAAGGUGAGGUCUAUGCAUUCUACAAUUACCGAUUUGAAUAGUAGAAUUUCUUAUAUCAUGGCUGAGAAUGCCACUUUGAGGCAGCAACUGAGUGGCGGAGCCAUGUGUCCCCCACCGGGAAUGUAUCCUCAACCCCCAAUGCCGCCCAUGGCUUAUCCGUGGAUGCCAUGCACCCCAUAUGUUGUGAAACCGCAAGGGUCUCAUGUUCCUUUAGUUCCCAUUCCUAGGUUGAAACCCCAAACCCAACCCCAACCCCAACCCCAAACCCAAACCCAAUCGAAUAUGUCGGCCUCAAAGGGGAAGAAACCUGAGGGCCGGAAGACUGAGGGUAAAACUAAGAAGGUUGCCAGCGUUAGUUUUCUGGGUUUGUUGUUUUUCUUCCUGCUUUUUGGUGCACUUGUUCCUAUAGUAAAUCUCAACUUUGGUGGUCUAAUCGACAAAGUUCCUAUUGGGUCCGGUUAUGUUAGUGAGAGGUUUUAUGAUCAUCACCGAGGAAGGGUUUUGACCGUCACUGGCCAUAUGAAUGGAUCUGACGAUAAUAUCAGAGUUGGAAUAUCUAAGGAGAAAUUUGAUGGUUAUAAUAGAAUACCUCAUGAGAGGCAGAAAGAACAGAAAAAAGAACGGCCUUUGCCAGGUUCUGACGAGUUUGUUCGUCUUGGCAAUGCUAGUGAGCCUCUUGUUGCUUCUUUAUAUGUUCCAAGAAAUGAUAAGCUUGUCAAGAUUGACGGAAACUUGAUAAUUCAUUCUGUACUGGCUAGUGAGAAAGCUAAGGCAUCUCAUGCCCGUCCUGAGGUUAAUAAUAAUUAUGCAUUGGCUAUUCCUAAAGCUAGAGGGAAUAGAGGUAGACAUGCUCCUCUAUAUGCUAAUCCUACCGAAAGACAAAAGGCUCUUACUUCUGGUGCUGAUGACACUUUGAAGGACCAUUUGAAGUCAACCGCUGCAGAUGGUAAACUACAACAGUGGUUCCGUGAGGGUCUUGCAGGGCCAAUGUUGAGUUCUGGCAUGUGCACUGAAGUAUUUCAGUUUGAUGUCUCACCUGCUUCUGGAGCUAUAGUUCCUGCCUCUUCGGUUUCCAAUGUUACAACAGAACACCAUAAGAAUAAUACCCGUCUCAACAAGAGGAAGAAUAGAAGGACCCUCCACAACCUACCUGCUCCCUUUGCCGGAUCUAAUAAUAACAUUACUGAAGAUCGUAUAAAGAGAAAUCUUCAGAAAGACAAUUGUCAGGGUAAUAGGUCUGUUUCUUCGAUGGUUGUUUCCGUGCUUGUUGAUCCCAGAGAGGGCAGUGAAAGCGAUGUGGAUGGAGUGAUCACACCAAAGUCACUUCCUCGGAUUUUUGUAGUAGUGCUUAUAGACAGCGUGAAGUAUGUAACUUACUCAUGUGUGCUUCCGCGAGCCACCGGCCCUCAUCAUCUGGUGACCACCUGAGUUUAGAGGAUUGGAAAACCAGGUGGUGUUUAAGAUCUUGGAGUCACUAGUGAUAAGAUAACUACCAUCUAAACUUGACCCCCCAGUUUUGUAUAUAUAUAUAUAUAUAUAUCUAUAUAUAACUUAAUGAUUAGCAGGCUCUAUCAGAUUGUUAAUAUCCUAAUAUGCACGUAAUUGUCGUGUCCUCACUGUUGCAUGAUUUAUUGUUAAUUAAUGGUUAAAAUUGAGUAAUGUUAGAAGUCCAA